CGCAAGUUUCGCCGUUUGCGAAUCGGAAGUCACGCGCGGUCCGUUAGGAACGCCCCAGAGAGCUGCUGUUGUUUACUUUUGUUGUUGUUUACUUUUGUUGUUGUUUACUUUUGUUGUUGUUUACUUUUGUUGUUGUUUACUGUUGCUGCUGCCGCUGCUGGUGAGGAGAGCCGUCGAGGGGCUGCUGCCUUCUCCCGCGAGGCAAUCGCUUGACCCGUUGACAUGCGGCGCUACCAGAGGGGCGGCCACUCCCCAGGCAUCGGCGUGCUGCUGCUGGGCGUCGAAAUGCUCCGCUUCGGCCUCCACCGCAUUCCGCCCGUGACGCUGGGCGCCAUCGGCCUCAACGCCCUCCUGUUCAUGGCGCCAUGGGGCGGCCCCCACGCCACCUGCCUGGGCGUGGAGGCCGUGUGGGGUGGUUGCGAUUGGCGGCGCCUGGCGCUGGCGCCCGUGCACCACGCCGACGACAUGCACCUCUACUUCAACAUGAUUUCCGCGCUGUGGAAGGGCGUUGCGCUGGAGGGCCGGCUGGGCAGCGUGCGUUUCGGCACCCUGCUGCUGGUGUUGUCAGCGCUGACCGGCGUGGUGCAACUAGCGCUGGCCGCCGCGCUGGCCUUCGCCACGGGCAGCUACUCCUACAUGGAGCAGUGCGCCAUCGGUUUCUCCGGUGUCCUGUUUGGACUCAAGGUGAUCAACAACCACUACAACCCUGGCGGAGUGACCUACGUGAUGAACACAUUCCCCGUGCAGAACCGCUACGCAUGCUGGGCCGAGCUCGUCGUCAUCCACCUGCUGGUACCCAGGGCGUCAUUCAUCGGGCACCUGUCAGGGAUCCUCGUGGGCCUUUUCUACGUGCACAGUCCUCUGCGUUGCCUGCUGGACAAUGCCGUGGUGUUUGGGUCAAGAAUCCUGCGCAGAGUAUUCUACAGCGACCAUGCUGACGCCGCGGGAUGGCACACCCACCACCGCUACGAGCAUCGCAGCGCGGAGUUCCUGAGCUACACGGGCGAGACAUCGGAGGACGAGGAUCUGCAGGAGGCGAUGCGAGCCAGCCUGCGUGACACGAGAUCGUUCACCCCCCCUGAGCCGGGAUUCCUCUCUCCGGAGGAGCUCAGACGCAGGAGGCUGGAGCGGCUGAGGAGAUAGGAGGGUGCCAGCCCGCGGGUGGGCGGGAUUGGGCAGGGUGGGGGUUACCGGUGGACAGACGCACUUGCGUCCACUCGCACGCACUCGCCAGCUCACUCACGCACUCAUGCACUCACGCACGCACUCGCUCUCUCGCGCGCGCACUCACACUCACUUGCUGUACUAAUCGCUCCACUAUGCGCAGCCUAGCUUGGGCGAUGCCUGACACCGCGGCCACCGCUCGCGGAGAAUGCGCUCGUUCGCACGCACACGCACACACUCGCACACUCACGCACGCUAAUGCACACACUCUCACAAGCGCACGCACGCACUUGCACAUACUUGCACACGCACGCACUCGCACAUACUUGCACACGCACACACAUUCGCGCGCUCAAUACCGUGCGCUCUUUCUUGUCGCAGCAGAUGAAACUUUUAUUUUCCGUUGUCGUUUUUGGACUAAGUUAUUCUCAGGGGUAUGGCCGCGAGUGCUCUGCACCGAACGGUUCGCUUGCGUGCCCGAGACGCCCAUGGGCAUUUCAAGCCGAGCGACCGCCCCAGUUAACGUCGUGUGCCGGUCGCGUUAACCGCGGGAGUUGCCAUGAGCCACCCGCUUUUCCCCUCUUCUCCCCCAUGGUGGACUUUAAGGAUCCCGUGACGCGAUUCUAAACGAGUCGGCCGUUGUCCAUAGGCCCCUCUCGGUCCAAAUUUUUUGCCACAUUAAAAACGACACGGCAAUUCGCUCUCAAUAGUAAAAACACAUAUCUAAAUCGCCACCCAGCUGGCAGACUAUACCUGUCAUUGAAACAGUGUCUUGCUGGACGUGGCUUGUAGGGGGUUUCAUGGCAGGGGGAAGGAGGGGAGGGUGGGCUGAUAUUUCUGAAGGGGGACCCGGUAAUUGGCUACAGAAAGAGCCGUCGAUUACGAUUUUCUCGUCGAUUACAAAAGUCUAUUGGCCUGAGAUGCUUUCCUGCUCCAGGGAGCGUCGGUGCACCCCGUUUAUAGCCCUGAGCAAGUGGUGGAAAUUACAUGUUCCUAUGACAGGGAUGAGUCUAUCCAAAAGAACCAUUGUUGACUCCCACACAAAGUGGUACUAAUUUUUUCCAGCUCUAGAGUUUAGUGGAUCACGGCACCAGCUCUAGACACAGUUUAGUGACUUACGGUCCCAGCUGUAUACACACAGUUUAGUGGCUCACGGUCUUAACUCUAAACACACGGACUUUCGUGACCCGCGGUCCCAGCUGUAGACACAGAGUCUAGUAACUUGCGGUCCUAGCUCUAGAUACAUGGAGUUUACUGACUCACGGUCCCAGCUCUAGACACAGUUUAGUGACUCACGGUCUUAGCUCUAGACAAUGAGUUUAGUGAAACACGGUCCCAGCUCUAGACACACUGAGUUUAGUGACUCACAGUUUAAUUCUAGACACAUGGACUUUCGUGACCCACGGUCCCAGCUGUAGACACAGAGUCUAGUAACUUGCGGUCCUAGCUCUCGAAGCACGGAGUUUAGUGACUCACGGUCCCAGCUGUAGACACAGUUUAGUGACUCGUCCCAGCUCUAGACACACUGUGUUUAGUGACAACGGUCCCAGCCUGAGACACAGUUUAGGUGAUUCAGGGGCCCAACUCUAGAAACACAGUUUAGUGACUCACGGUCUUAACUCUCGACACACAGUGAGUCACUAAACUCUGUCCCAGCUGUAGACACAAUGGAGUUUAGUGACUCACGGUUCCAGCUCUAGACACUGAGUUUAGUGACUCACGGUCCGAGUUCUAGACACACUAAGUAUUAUGACACACGGUCCCAGCUGUUGACACACAGUUUAGCGACUCACAGUCCCAACUCUAGACACAGUUUAGUGACUCACUGUCCCAGCUGUAGACACUGAGUUUAGCGACUCACGCUCUUAACUCUAGACAGAGUUUAGUGACUCACAGUCCCAACUUCAGACACAAAGAGUUGAGUUACUCACGGUCACAGCUCUAGACACAGUUUAGUGACUCACGGUCCCAAUUUUAGACACUGAGUUUAGCGACUCAUGCUCCCAGCGAGAAUUGAGUGACUCACGGUCCCAGCUCUCGACAUACAUUGUUCAGUGACUCACGGUCUUAACUCUAGACAGAAUUUAGCGACUCACGGUCCCAGCUCUAGACACACCGAGGUUAGUGACUCACAGUCCCAACUCUAGACACAGUUUAGUGACUCACUGUCCCAGCUGUAGACACUGAGUUUAGCGACUCAUGCUCCCAACUAUAGACACAGCAUUUAGUGACUCACGGUCCCAGCUUUCGACACACGUCGUUUAGUGACUCACGCUCUUAACUGUAGACAGUUUAGUGACUCACGGUCCCAACUUCAGACACAAAGAGUUGAGUUACUCACGGCCACAGCUCUAGACACAGAGUUUAGUGACUCACGGCCGCAGCUCUAGACAUAGUUUAAUGACUCACGGUCCGAGUUCUAGACACACUGAGUAUUGUGACUCACGGUCCCAGCUGUAGACACUGAGUUUAGUGACUCGUGGUCCUAGCCCGAGACAGAGUUUAGGUUAUUCAGGGUCCCAACUCUAGAAACAGUUUAGUGACUCACGGUCGCAGCUAUAAACACACUGAGUUUAGUGACUCACAGUCCCAGCUCUAGACACAUUGAGUUUAAUGACUCACCGUCCCAGCUGUAGAUAGAGAGUUUAGUGACUCAUGGUCCCAGCUCUAGACACACAGCUUAGUGACUCACGGUCCCAAUUCUAGACCCACAGAGUAUAGUGACUCACGUCCCCAGCUGUAGACACGGUGAGUUUAGUGACUCACAGCCCCAGCUGUAGACAGUGAGUUUAGUGACUCGUGGUCCCAGCUCUAGACCCACAGAGUAUAAUCUGGAUUUGAAGCUUUCGUGAUGCAGGAAUCCAUACUCUUUGGUUCUUUCGGUAAAGUCACGUAGUUAGAAAUUUAAAUAAAUAACGACGUUUCGAUCGCAACACAAGCAAUACUCACCCUGAUGAGGAUUGCUUGUGUUGCGAUCGAAACAUCGUGAUUUGUUUUCUUUUAUUUCUAUGUACGUGACUUUACCAAAAGAACCAAAGAACACUGAAUUUAGCGACUCACGGUCUUAACUCUAGACAGAGUUUAGUGACUCACGGCCGCAGUUCUAGACACACUGAGUUUAGUGACUCACGGUCUGAACUCGAGACGCAAAGUUUGACUCACAGUCCCAGAUCAAGACACCGAGUUUAGCGACUCACGGUCCGAGCUCUCGACACAGUGUUUAGUGACUCCCGGUCGCAGCUCUAGACACGCUGAAUUUAGUGACUCACGGUCAAAGCUCUAGACAGUGAGUUUAGUGACUCACGGUCUUAGCUCUAGACAGUGAGUUUAGUGACACACGGUCCCAGCUAUAGACACGCUGAGUUUAGUGACACAUGGUCCCAGCUGUAGACACAGUUUAGUGACUCGUGUUCCCAGCCCGAGACACAGAGUUUAGGUGAUUCAGGGUCCCAACUCUAGAAACAGUUUAGUGACUCACGGUCUGAACUCGAGACGCAGAGUUAGACUCACAGUCCCAGAUCAAGACACCGAGUUUAGUGACUCACGGCCCCAGCUGUAGACAGAGUUUAGUAGCGCAAGGUCCCAGCUGUAGACACACUGAGUUUAGUGACUCACAGUCCCAACUCUAGACACAGUUUAGUGACUCACUGUCCCAGCUGUAGACACUGAGUUUAGCGACUCAUGCUCCCAACUAUAGACCGCAUUUUAGUGACUCACGGUCCCAGCUCUCGACACACAUCGUUUAGUAACUCACGCUCUUAACUCUAUACAGAGUUUAGUGACUCACGGUCCCAACUCCAGACACAAAAAGUUGAGUUACUCACGGCCACAGCUCUAGACACAGUUUAGUGACUUACGGUCCGAGUUCUGGACACGCUGAGUUUAGUGACACACGGUCCCAGCUGUAGACACACUGAGUUUAGUGACUCACGGUCCCAGCUCUAGACACAGUUUAGUGACUCGUGGUCCCAGUCCGAGACACAGAGUUUAGGUUAUUCAGGGUCCCAACUCUAGAAACAGUUUAGUGACUCACAGUCCCAGCUCUAGACACACCGCGUGUAAUGACUCACGGUCCCAGCUGCAGACAAAGAGUUUAGAGACUCAUGGUCCCAGCUCUAGACACACAGUUUAGUGACUCACGGUCCCAAUUAUAGACCCACAGAGUUUAGUGACUCACGGCCCCAGCUGUAGACACGGUGAGUUUAGUGACUCACAGCCCCAGCUGUAGACAGUGAGUUUAGUGACUCGUGGUCCCAGCUGUAGACCCACAGAGCUUAAUCUGGAUUUGAAGCUUUCGUGAUGCAGAAAUCCAUACUCUUUGGUUCUUUCGGUAAAGUCACGUAGUUAGAAAUUAAAAUAAAUAACGACGUUUCGAUCGCAACACAAGCAAUACUCACCCUGAUGAGGAUUGCUUGUGUUGCGAUCGAAACAUCGUGAUUAAUUUCUAUCUACGUGACUUUACCGAAAGAACCGAAGAACACUGAAUUUAGCGACUCAUGGUCUUAACUCUAGACAGAGUUUAGUGACUCAUGACCGCAGUUCUAGACAUACUGAGUUUAGUGACUCACGAUCUGAACUCGAGACGCAGAGUUUGACUCACAGUCCCAAAUCAAGACACCGAGUUUAGUGACUCACGGCCCCAGCUGUAGACAGAGUUUAGUGGCUCAAGGUCCCAGCCCUAGACACACUGAGUUUAGUGACUAUCGGUCCCAGCUCUAGACAUCCAGAGUUUAGUGAGUCACGGUCCCAAUUCUAGACACUGAUUAUUCUUUGUUUUUUUCGGUAAAGUCACGUAUAAAAAUAAAAUAAUCGAAACGUCGUAUGCUAUUAUUUAAUUUAUUAUUUUAUUUUUAUACGUGACUUUACCGAAAAAACCAAAGAAUAAUUCCUGCAGUCACGAAAGCUCCAAAAUUAAGAUUCUAGACACUGAGUUUAGCGACUCGUGCUCCCAGCGAUAGACACAGAAUUUAGUGACUCACGGUCCCAGCUCUCGACACAUUGUUCAGUGACUCACGGUCUUAACUCUAGACAGAAUUUAGUGACUCACAGUCUUGACUCCAGACACACUGAGUUUAGUGACUAAGGGUCCCAACUCUAGACAGAGUUUCGUGACUUACAGUCCCAGCUAUAGACAGAAUUUAGUGACUCACUGUCUCAGCUCUAGACACACAGAGUUUAGUGACUCACAGUUCCAGCUCUAGACACACAGAGUUUAGUGACUCACGGUCCUAGCUCUAGACACUGAGUUUAGUGACUCACAGUUCCAGCUCUAGACACACUGAGUUUAGGGACUCACGGUCUUAACUCUGGACAGAGUUUCGUGACUCAUUGUCCCACCUCUAGACACACUGAGUUUAGCGACUCAAGGCCCCAUCUUUAGACACAGUUUAGUGACUCACAGUUCCAACUCGACACAGUUUAGUCAUUCACUAACCGAGUUGUAUAGACACAGGGUUUAGUGACUCACGGCCCCAACUCUAGACCCACUGAGUUUAGCGACUCUCGGUCCCAGCUAUAGACACAGACUUUCGUGACUCACUGUCUCAGCUCUAGUCCCAUAGAGUUUAGUGACUCACGGUUCCAGCUGUAGACAUAUAGUUUAGUGACUCACGGUCUUGACUCCAAACACACAGAGUUUAGUGACUCAUGGUCCCAGCUAUAGACACACCGAGUUUAGUGACUCACGGUACCAGCUCUAGACACAUAUUAGUGACUCACGGUCCCAACUCUAGACCCACAGAGUUUACUGUUUCACGGUCCCAACUUUAGACAGUUUAGUGACUCAUGGUCGCAGCUCUAAACACAGAAUUUAGUAACUCACGACCCCAGCUCUAGACACAGUUUAGUGACUCACAGUCCCAGCUCUAGACACAGUUUAGUGACUCACAGUCCCAGCUCUAGACACAGUUUAGUGACUCACAGUCCCAGCUCUAGACACAGUUUAGUGACUCACAGUCCCAGCUCUAGACACAGUUUAGUGACUCACGGUCCCAGCUCUAGACACAGUUUAGUGACUCACGGUCCCAGCUUUAGACACAGUUUAGUGACUCACAGUCCCAGCUCUAGACACAGUUUAGUGACUCACAGUCCCAGCUCUAGACACAGUUUAGUGACUCACAGUCCCAGCUCUAGACACAGUUUAGUGACUCACGGUCCCAGCUCUAGACACAGUUUAGUGACUUACGGUCCGAGUUCUGGACACGCUGAGUUUAGUGACACACGGUCCCAGCUGUAGACACACUGAGUUUAGUGACUCACGGUCCCAGCUCUAGACACAGUUUAGUGACUCGUGGUCCCAGUCCGAGACACAGAGUUUAGGUUAUUCAGGGUCCCAACUCUAGAAACAGUUUAGUGACUCACAGUCCCAGCUCUAGACACACCGCGUGUAAUGACUCACGGUCCCAGCUGCAGACAAAGAGUUUAGAGACUCAUGGUCCCAGCUCUAGACACACAGUUUAGUGACUCACGGUCCCAAUUAUAGACCCACAGAGUUUAGUGACUCACGGCCCCAGCUGUAGACACGGUGAGUUUAGUGACUCACAGCCCCAGCUGUAGACAGUGAGUUUAGUGACUCGUGGUCCCAGCUGUAGACCCACAGAGCUUAAUCUGGAUUUGAAGCUUUCGUGAUGCAGAAAUCCAUACUCUUUGGUUCUUUCGGUAAAGUCACGUAGUUAGAAAUUAAAAUAAAUAACGACGUUUCGAUCGCAACACAAGCAAUACUCACCCUGAUGAGGAUUGCUUGUGUUGCGAUCGAAACAUCGUGAUUAAUUUCUAUCUACGUGACUUUACCGAAAGAACCGAAGAACACUGAAUUUAGCGACUCAUGGUCUUAACUCUAGACAGAGUUUAGUGACUCAUGACCGCAGUUCUAGACAUACUGAGUUUAGUGACUCACGAUCUGAACUCGAGACGCAGAGUUUGACUCACAGUCCCAAAUCAAGACACCGAGUUUAGUGACUCACGGCCCCAGCUGUAGACAGAGUUUAGUGGCUCAAGGUCCCAGCCCUAGACACACUGAGUUUAGUGACUAUCGGUCCCAGCUCUAGACAUCCAGAGUUUAGUGAGUCACGGUCCCAAUUCUAGACACUGAUUAUUCUUUGUUUUUUUCGGUAAAGUCACGUAUAAAAAUAAAAUAAUCGAAACGUCGUAUGCUAUUAUUUAAUUUAUUAUUUUAUUUUUAUACGUGACUUUACCGAAAAAACCAAAGAAUAAUUCCUGCAGUCACGAAAGCUCCAAAAUUAAGAUUCUAGACACUGAGUUUAGCGACUCGUGCUCCCAGCGAUAGACACAGAAUUUAGUGACUCACGGUCCCAGCUCUCGACACAUUGUUCAGUGACUCACGGUCUUAACUCUAGACAGAAUUUAGUGACUCACAGUCUUGACUCCAGACACACUGAGUUUAGUGACUAAGGGUCCCAACUCUAGACAGAGUUUCGUGACUUACAGUCCCAGCUAUAGACAGAAUUUAGUGACUCACUGUCUCAGCUCUAGACACACAGAGUUUAGUGACUCACAGUUCCAGCUCUAGACACACAGAGUUUAGUGACUCACGGUCCUAGCUCUAGACACUGAGUUUAGUGACUCACAGUUCCAGCUCUAGACACACUGAGUUUAGGGACUCACGGUCUUAACUCUGGACAGAGUUUCGUGACUCAUUGUCCCACCUCUAGACACACUGAGUUUAGCGACUCAAGGCCCCAUCUUUAGACACAGUUUAGUGACUCACAGUUCCAACUCGACACAGUUUAGUCAUUCACUAACCGAGUUGUAUAGACACAGGGUUUAGUGACUCACGGCCCCAACUCUAGACCCACUGAGUUUAGCGACUCUCGGUCCCAGCUAUAGACACAGACUUUCGUGACUCACUGUCUCAGCUCUAGUCCCAUAGAGUUUAGUGACUCACGGUUCCAGCUGUAGACAUAUAGUUUAGUGACUCACGGUCUUGACUCCAAACACACAGAGUUUAGUGACUCAUGGUCCCAGCUAUAGACACACCGAGUUUAGUGACUCACGGUACCAGCUCUAGACACAUAUUAGUGACUCACGGUCCCAACUCUAGACCCACAGAGUUUACUGUUUCACGGUCCCAACUUUAGACAGUUUAGUGACUCAUGGUCGCAGCUCUAAACACAGAAUUUAGUAACUCACGACCCCAGCUCUAGACACAGUUUAGUGACUCACAGUCCCAGCUCUAGACACAGUUUAGUGACUCACAGUCCCAGCUCUAGACACAGUUUAGUGACUCACAGUCCCAGCUCUAGACACAGUUUAGUGACUCACAGUCCCAGCUCUAGACACAGUUUAGUGACUCACGGUCCCAGCUCUAGACACAGUUUAGUGACUCACGGUCCCAGCUUUAGACACAGUUUAGUGACUCACAGUCCCAGCUCUAGACACAGUUUAGUGACUCACAGUCCCAGCUCUAGACACAGUUUAGUGACUCACAGUCCCAGCUCUAGACACAGUUUAGUGACUCACGGUCCCAGCUCUAGACACAGUUUAGUGACUCACGGUCCCAGCUCUAGACACAGUUUAGUGACUCACGGUCCCAGCUCUAGACACAGUUUAGUGACUCACAGUCCCAGCUCUAGACACAGUUUAGUGACUCACGGUCCCAGGUAUAGACACAGUUUAGUGACUCACAGUCCCAGCUCUAGACACAGUUUAGUGACUCACAGUCCCAGCUCUAGACAUAGUUUAGUGACUCACGGUCCCAGCUAUAGACACAGUUUAGUGACUCACAGUCCCAGCUCUAGACACAGUUUAGUGACUCACAGUCCCAGCUCUAGACACAGUUUAGUGACUCACAGUCCCAGCUCUAGACACAGUUUAGUGACUCACGGUCCCAGCUCUAGACACAGUUUAGUGACUCACGGUCCCAGCUCUAGACACAGUUUAGUGACUCACGGUCCCAGCUAUAGACACAGUUUAGUGACUCACAGUCCCAGCUCUAGACACAGUUUAGUGACUCACAGUCCCAGCUAUAGACAGUUUAGUGACUCAGUCCCAGCUCUAGACACAGUUUAGUGACUCACGGUCCCAGCUCUAGACACAGUUUAGUGACUCACAGUCCCAGCUCUAGACACAGUUUAGUGACUCACGGUCCCAGCUCUAGACACAGUUUAGUGACUCACGGUCCCAGCUCUAGACACAGUUUAGUGACUCACGGUCCCAGCUCUAGACACAGUUUAGUGACUCACAGUCCCAGCUCUAGACACAGUUUAGUGACUCAGUCCCAGCUCUAGACACAGUUUAGUGACUCACAGUCCCAGCUCUAGACAGUUUAGUGACUCACAGUCCCAGCUCUAGACACAGUUUAGUGACUCACGGUCCCAGCUCUAGACACAGUUUAGUGACUCACAGUCCCAGCUCUAGACACAGUUUAGUGACUCAGUCCCAGCUCUAGACACAGUUUAGUGACUCACAGUCCCAGCUAUAGACAGUUUAGUGACUCACAGUCCCAGCUCUAGACAGUUUAGUGACUCACGGUCCCAGCUCUAGACACAGUUUAGUGACUCACGGUCCCAGCUAUAGACACAGUUUAGUGACUCACAGUCCCAGCUCUAGACACAGUUUAGUGACUCACAGUCCCAGCUCUAGACACAGUUUAGUGACUCACAGUCCCAGCUCUAGACACAGUUUAGUGACUCACGGUCCCAGCUCUAGACGCAGUUUAGUGACUCACGGUGCCAGCUCUAGACACAGUUUAGUGACUCACAGUCCCAGCUCUAGACACAGUUUAGUGACUCACAGUCCCAGCUCUUGACACAGUUUAGUGACUCACAGUCCCAGCUCUAGACACAGUUUAGUGACUCACGGUCCCAGCUCUAGACACAGUUUAGUGACUCACGGUGCCAGCUCUAGACACAGUUUAGUGACUCACAGUCCCAGCUCUAGACACAGUUUAGUGACUCACAGUCCCAGCUCUAGACACAGUUUAGUGACUCACAGUCCCAGCUCUAGACACAGUUUAGUGACUCACGGUCCCAGCUCUAGACACAGUUUAGUGACUCACGGUCCCAGCUCUAGACGCAGGAUUGAGAAGGCUGGGUGUGACGAAUAAUAGCCAGCACGCAUGGAACUUCUCACCAGACUUCAUCAAGGUGGGGUUCCCUGCUAAAAACACAACAAUCAACCAAGUCCGUUACGAGCAAACAUUCCCACCAGUGACCAACCAACGUGAUUUCAGUGUUAUUGCACUUGUUACUCAGGAAACAGUCUCGCCACUCUUAAUUGUUGCGAUUGGCUUUGGUGCCUUGGCGAUUGUUCAAGUGUUCGUGUUACAAAUGUUAUUCAUCUGUUUUUUGUUACCUGCGAAAAUCGAAAUGUAAUGUUCGCAGGAGUGAGCGCGUUCUGUUGUGAAAGAACGAGGCACGCGAUUCAGGUGUUCGAGACAAAUUUCUGGCCGAACGUUUGGUCCUCAGCCGAGCGCUUUUGAAUCUGGGCCUUUCAUGCCUGCCCAGCGGUCAGGUUCUGGAACGUCGGCCAUGCGCUGUUUGUGCCAAAGUGUGUGGAAUAAACGCUGCUGGCAGUGAGCGGACCGAGGUC